UAUACCAGCCGGCCUGGUUCAAGGGGGUGCCCGGAUGCUCCGUCUUCAAAUGUAUUGUCUUUGGUCAUGAUCGGUCGCGGUUGAUUUGAACGCCAGUCGGUUGGUGUGUGAGGUGCGGAGAACAUAGUGGGAACACUUUCUCCGAUUUCAAACGUAAAAAUGCCUUCAAAUUUUCCGAAACAAAUCAAAACGGCUGCAGCAGAAGAGGUGACUGACCCCUCGGCCCAUGAGGUGUGAAAGCGAGAAUGAUGAGUGCCAGUCUUCAGAAUGACGAGGUGGCAGUGCCCAGUCACAUCACAAUCACAUCAACAUUAUCAGGAUGAUCAGGUCACAGAUCGCCGAUACUUCAGGGGAGUCGGCGGAGGAAAGAUUCUGGUGUAAAAGCAGAAAAUUUCGGGCAGUACAGUGUACAUUUGUACACAGGUUCUCAGCCAAUCAGAAUCCGAUAAAUCUGUGUCGUCAUCGGGGCGUCAUCAUGAAACCGCUUAGUAGAACUUGCCAUAUAUCAAUAGAUAUUUCUGUAAAAAGAUGCUUCAAAUAACACUGUUCUCAGAUCUCCAGCUGUUCUUUCUUGUGACAUGCCUGAUGCUAUUCCUGAUGAUGAAAUAUAUGUAUAAAGUAUUUUAUUGAGUAUAUUUCUGGUGUGUUCACUGUUGCAAUAAAUCAUACAAAUCCUGAAAAUCUUUGCUUGUAUUGUUUUGUGCUAAUGUUACUCAAAUUUGAAGCAUAGGCUACAGUAUCAAAAUAUACUGGAGGAAGACCAUACACAUGAGGCAGUAUCGAAAGACAAGUCUCAUUGCAGAGAAACAUAUGUGUCUUUGACACAUUGUAAACAAUAAACAUGAUAUAGAUAAUAAAAAAUGCCCAAUAAAAUGAGUUUGAACGAUGGUUUAAACCCCAUCAUCGUCCCGCUUUCCAACCUCGUCGCUCCACGCGAGGACUGUACAUCUAGUAUUGUAAAAUAGCUACGCAAACGACAUGGACGCAAGGUAAUAAAUUUGGUGCUGAAGUCGUGUAGCGGAAUACGAAAAUGUGAUUUUUUUCUGGAAGAGUAAUUUUUUAUGAUUUAUUUGGUUGAAAUACAUCUUAUCGAAGGUGCAGAGAUAUCUAUCGAAUAUACGAAAGUGACCAUAAUGUUUCACUCCUCGUAUGCAACCCAAAAUGCGUUCGAUUGUGCCGCAAAUGUUGUUCCAAGUCAGUCGGGAUGACUUCCUCUACCAGACCUAAAACUGCACAGGUAGAAUCCGCUGAAAAAGGAAGCUAGGCCUACCGUAUACCGCACAGUAUGGACCUACACGGUUACAGGCCUUGCGAUCCAAAUGAAGGGUCUCAGAAUCCUCCUCCAAGUGCAACUACUUCAGCUGAAGAUCACAGCGGAGUUAGAACAACAAAUCAGUCGGUUUACUACCCAACCAUGCAGCACAACCUUCCUCAUAUGUCAAGACAAAUGACCCAAUAUGACCUCUUCCCAAAUUUCAAUCCAGGCAGCUUGGCUUUCAAUCACUUCAUGUAUAAUUUAAAUCAAGGUCAAGGCCACUAUCCUUAUGAGAGUCAGAUGAAUCCCAUGUCUUGGGGCUCAGGCUUACAAAGCAAUUUGAGCCAUUCAGAUGACCGUGGAAGCAAAUAUGUUGGCAAUGGACCUUCAGCUGACUUUGAAGUGGAACCUGAUCAAAUGAAUAGGACAUCUAAUUUUCAGUCUCCAAGUCCAUUGCCGCACACAGUUAGUUCCCCAAAUGUGAACUCUUUUGUCUACCCCAUUUCUGCAUUUUCAUCUAAUGGACGCACACAGCAGAAACGGCCCAGGAAACAUUCAACGGACAACUCUGACAAUAGUGAUUUUCCUGGUACUGAUAUUAUGCCUCCUACAACUCAGUUGCCCAGUUUUUCUAGUGCUUAUUUACAAGAGAUGAGCACACAGCCUAGUGGCUCCGGAUUGGGAUAUCUCAAUCAGACAAGAAAUGGUUCUAAUCAUAGCGCCGGGACCCCUGAUAGGCUAAUGGCAACCAGAGACGAUAACAUUGAUCCAGGACGUGGUCAAGCAUCGUGUAUGGAGUCUAAGUUAGAUACAAGUGUCAAUCUUUCUAAAGAAAUAAAGGGUAUUUACGACCACAGUGAGAAAGAUGGUCUGAUUUCAAACUCUGAUUCAGAUGGUGGAUUGUCUGGUGAGGACUCUGAUCAAGACCUUAGUUCAAGUUCUCUUACUUUUAAAGUUGAAAUGGAGUCGAAUGUUUCGUCUGAUGAGGAAGUGGAAAACUCUGAGAGCGAUGAGAGCAGUCACACUGAUCCUUAUUCGAGCCUAACUGACCAGGAGUCUGCUGUCAAGGCGAGAAUGUCCAGUGAAGGGAGUGGAAGGAAAAGACUUUGGAAGAAUGAAAGCUUGGGCUUGUCAUCCGGUUCAUCAGUGGGUGAAAGACCUAGUAAAAAGGUGACCAAACAUCACGUGAAGCUUGAUCGAGGUGGGAAUGAAGUCUCUCUAGACCUUCUGCCGAUCAAAUUAACUUCAGAGGCCAGAGCAACGCAAGGAAUUGAUGUCCCUAUCAUGGAGAAAAACCUCUCAAAGACAAAGAAAAAACCAGGAAAGGCGAAGACAGGUCCUGCUGUGAAGAAAAAGAAACGAGGCCAUUCUGAUGUUCCAGUUGUCAGUUUUGUAGACAAGUAUUUCUACUGUGGACACUGCAGCUGUGAGUUCAGGAACUGUGAAAUAUUUCUGCGACACUAUGUUGCCUACCAUGACGAUUUCUUCCCAAAGCUUUUGCGGAAGGUUUACACGCUUCAGAUGUUGAAUUAUGAUAUUGAGGAAGCAAUGAGUCUUUUACUCGAGUGUAAAAUCUGUGAGACUUUUUUCGCGACUGAAGAAGAGAGGACGAUGCAUCUGAAUAGCAUACACAAGGAUGUCAAGUGGCAAUGUUUACGGUGCGGGCUCGAGUUUGGGGUCUUGCAUGAAUGGAAUGAUCACCUUCUGUAUCACAGGCCCGAUCAGAAAUAUAAAUGUCUGAGCUGCAAUGAGGAGUUUGACUCCGUACGGAUGGCGACAGAACAUUAUAAAGGGAGCCAUGAUUAUGAAGAGGAAAAGCCUGUCUAUGGUGAGGGUAAACGAGACAAUGAGACCUUGAUUAAGCUGUUGUAUUCAGAUGAUUAUGGACAGAAGUGUCCGCAUUGUAACAGAUAUUUUGAUAUGUGGAAUUGGACCGACGCUUAUGGCCACAAGAGGAAAUUUCUCGCGGAUGACCCACGGCCUUUCAAAUGUGUCUGGUGUCCGAAAACCUACUUACACAAUGAACCAUUAAUUCGCCACAUAAGGGACCACCCACCCUUUUCCUGUCCACACUGUGACAAUGUCAAAUUUGAUCUGAAGUCAGAUUUACAGCUUCAUUUGAUGACACAUUUGGGACAGCAAAAUUACAUUGUUUUCAAUUGUAAAAUUUGUGGGAAAACGUUCAGUCAGGGCCUUGAUUAUGAAAAGCACAUGAAUUGUCACUACGGCAAAACAUAUCCUUGCGAACACUGUGAGAGAGCAUUCAUCACCAGGCGCGAGUUGAAGCUCCACCUAUUUAAUCAUUCAGAAACUAAACCAUUCAUUUGCGACACUUGCGGCAAGCAGUUCAAAGAGAAGCGCCCCCUAUUGGAGCAUAUUCGUAUCCACACUGGUGAACGGCCUUUCCAGUGUGAAUCCUGCUCGGCCGAUUUCCCGACUCGCUCACAGUUACGACAGCACCGGAAACACAAUCAUGAGGAACGCAAAUUUAAAUGCGACAAGUGUGAUUGGAAGUUUCCGAAUGCGUAUUUAUUGAAUCGUCAUUAUAAGAAACAUACCGGGAAUACCGGUUUCCGCUGUGAAGUCUGCUUUAAAGACUUGUAUGAUAAAGUUCAAUUGGAGUGGCAUAUGAAUACUCACACAGGUAUCAAACCGUUUAAGUGUCGUUUCUGUGACCGCGCUUUCUGUGCCGGGAAGAGUCAGUACAUUCACGAGAGAACAAUACACAAGGACCAGGUCUUGGCAGAGAAGUUUAACAGCCGUUGAGUAACCUUGAUUCUCAUUCCGACCUUGUACUAAUUUUGGACUAAUUUAGAGCAUUUUUGGUGGGGGUUAUCUCCUGAUUGGGAAGAAUAUGGGUGGUUACCUGACUGGAUUUACAGCGGAGUUGUAAAGCAAUUGGUGGGGGAAGUGGUGCUUGAAUGAUAUCUUUCUAGUCGGCAAACUAUAUUUAAAAUCGUUUUUGUUGCAGAUUGUGGUUUAAAGUGGUCCUGCCUGGCCAUUCUGGUUGUGAUUGCCGGAUGAAUGGAGGUCAUAAUCAAACACCAUACAUAUAUAUCAAUCAGUUGAGAGUUUUCAUCAAAGUAGGGGUAAUAUUGUGCACACCUUGGCCCGUUAUUGGACCUACUUUUUGACAGCCCUCAAAAAUGAACAUUUGUGCAAUAUAUUUGAAUUGCAAAGAAAAGUCCACUUAAAGGAGAUGGAUCACAGUUUAAGAAGCCUUUGCUUUAAAUGUUGUGGUGAUUAUUGUAAUAUCAAUAAGGUUGUACUUUCACUAGAAUAAACGCAUAUCAUUAUGUAUUUGAAAAGAAA